AUGUCCCCCCUCUCGGGAUCAAGUGAGCAUCCUUUCAUGGCUCAGCCUCAUCCUCAAGCUCUCUGGUUGCCCUGGAAAAGAUGGGAGAGUGUCGCAGUCAACAUUUACAGGAUUCCUAGAGAGGCGUCUACGUGGACUCUAUGGGAAGCCUUUUCAAGAGAGGGGAGUAUUUGCUCAAUCGACAUCUGGGAUGAUCGCCACGGAGAGCGUGGGUCAAACGGUCGCGUCCGCUUCAAGCCAGCACCGGAAGUCGCUUUCUGGGAGACUGGAUGCUAUGUUCUACGUCUCCCUGGUGGCCGGCUUGUAACGCUUUCAGUGGCUCUGGAUCCUGCGCAGGGGAGCGUGCAUCUGAAGAGCCCAAGCCGAGAAGGUGUUCUUUACCCGCGAGAAUGUCAUGAAUUGCCGUGCCAGGUUCUGAGUAUUGGUGUGCCGGUUGGCAAAUCCACAGUCUCUAUCCUGCGAGAAUUCAGCAUGGAUGCGAACCCACACAUGGCUGUCGAUGUGCGCUCCAAAGCGGUCUUUGCAUAUUUCAACGCGAUUAUUCGAGAGCCCAGCGGAGUUUUGGGUGCUGCACCAAGGAGCACGCAGUCUGCCUUCAGGCUGAAGAUAUCCUUUCUUCAGCUGGCGCGAAUCUGGGAGAUCAAUCAUGCCGACUCACAGGAGAUCUCACUGGUCAUCUUUCUGGACACACCUCCAACUUGUCAUCGGCAAUCCUCCAAUGUCAUGGCAUCCUUUAACAAUCCAAGCAGCUGGCGAGAGGCGGAUCUGUGGCAACGGCAAACAUCGAUCGCCCAUGUGGUUGGUGAGAAUUUGACCACAGUGAACCUCCGACGAUCAGGUCAGAUCGUGGACUUGGGCAGAUGGAAUGUCCUUCACUUCAAGUUUUCGACCACCGCCAUCACUGAGCAGGGUUACGGACUUCUCAUCGAAAUGCUCAAAGAUCACAAUAUCUCUGUUGAAGACGGAGAGCAUUUCACUUUCCAAACACAGCCGCCGGAGUCUGUGUGGCGCUGGGUGGAUCUGCCAAAUAUAACAGACCGGUUUCGCUCCAUGCUUGAGGAGAUGGCACAUCAGGACUACAUCUAUCUACCUUUCAACGUUCGCUACCAGCUGGAGGUGUGUCUCUCAAACAGGUACCUCUCCGAAUUUACCAUGUCGCGAGAAUUUGUGGAGCGUCUUGCGACCAUGGAAGAGGUGGCUGCAGUGAGACUAUUAGAGCAUGUUGCUACGAACAAAAAACAAUAUCUCGAUCCGAUGGAGAUCUUCAAAAUUCGGUAUCCUGAAGGGGUUUCUGAUUCGAUGAUUCCGUCGUACUGCUGCUUCAUGCGCACUGCGCGGAUCACUCCAACAACGGUCCACUAUAACACGCCGACUAUCGAUACAUCAAAUCGCGUCACGCGUAACUAUCAGGAAUAUCUUGAUCGCUUUCUGCGGAUUCGGUUCACCGACGAGCAGCCGCGCAGUCGUAUUUAUUCUACAAACUUCAACUCCAAUGAUGAGGUGUUUGCUCGAAUCAAGAGAGCGCUCACAAAUGGCAUUACUAUCGGUGAUCGACGGUACGAGUUUCUUGCUUUUGGAAACUCUCAGUUCCGUGAACACGGAGCAUACUUUUUUGCUCCGACUCCCAAUCUCACGGCCUCUCACAUUCGGGCAUGGAUGGGCCAAUUUCAUCACAUUCGUCACGUUGCGAAGUACGCUGCUCGACUCGGUCAGUGUUUCUCGACCACCCGCGCUCUUGCUGGCUGUAAUGUCACGGUCAAGCGAAUUCCAGAUAUCAUCCGCAAUGGAUACUGUUUCUCGGAUGGUAUUGGCAAGAUUUCAAAAUUCACAACAAGAGUCAUCUCGGCGGAGAUGGGUAUCUCUGAUCCAUAUGGUCAGCCUCCAUCUGCGUACCAAUUUCGCUUGGGUGGAUGCAAGGGAAUGUUGACCGUCUCUGCGGACCCUAUUGUGAGUGACGUCCACAUCCGUCCGAGCCAGAUCAAGUUUGAGGCAGAGCACAGGCGUCUGGAAAUUAUCCGGUGGUCACAGCUCUCUGCUGCAACGCUCAAUCGCCAAUUGAUCUUGGUCCUCUCGGCGCUUGGGGUGAGGGGCCGAGUGUUCCAUGACAGAUUGAAUGCAAUGCUUCAAAGUAUCGAUUAUGCGAUGCAUAGUGAUGAUGAAGCUACAAAAUUGCUUCGGAGAUUCAUCGAUCCCAAUCGGGUGACGCUCGCAAUGGCACAGAUGGUUUCCGCGGGAUUUCGGGGGACCAGCGAGCCUUUUGUCUGCUCCAUGCUUGCUCUUUGGAAGUCGUGGCACCAAAAAUAUCUCAAAGAAAAGGCCAAGAUCCUAGUCGAACAGGGUGCAUCGCUUCUUGGUGUGCUAGAUGAGACUCGAUCUCUCGACGGAUAUUUUGAGCGCAGAGAAACUGGCAGAAUCAUGUCAGAAAACGAGAAGCUUGCUGCCCUGCCGGAAAUCUUCGUUCAGGUCAGCAGCUUGGAGGAGGGUGUUCCGCCCAGAGUCAUCCAGGGCUUAUGUAUUGUCGCACGAAACCCAUCGCUUCAUCCGGGAGAUGUCCGCGUAGUACGCGCUGUGGAUUGCAAAGCACUCAGACAUCUCAUCGAUGUGAUUGUGUUCCCGCAAACCGGCGACAGGGAUGUCACAAGCAUGUGCUCCGGUGGCGAUCUUGACGGUGAUGACUAUCUGGUGAUUUGGGAUCCAGAACUUAUUCCACAGCAGUGGUUUGCCAAGCCUUUGACAUAUGCUCCGCGGAAAGUGCCUGAUUUGGGCCGAGAUGUGACGAUUGGCGAUAUCACCUCGUUUUACGUCACGUAUAUGAAGAAUGACAGCUUACCACGAAUUGCACACGCUCACAUGGCCCACGCAGAUUAUCUGGCUAACGGAGUCUAUGAGCCUAAAUGCAUUCGCCUUGCACAACUACACUCUGAUGCCGUGGACUACAACAAGACCGGCAUACCUGCUGUCAUGGAACGAGCCCUGGAGCCGCGGGUCUGGCCUCAUUUCAUGAACAAGAAAAAUCGGAGGACGUACCAUUCGAACAAAAUCCUGGGGCAAUUGUAUGACGCAGUCAAGACAGAUGACUUCUCGCCAAACUUGACCAAGCCUUUUGAUUCUCGAAUCCUUGACUGCAGCCUGGUAGAGGCAAGUAGACCCUUCGAGCAAUAUGCCAGCGAAUUGAAGGUGGACUAUGAUACUUCCAUGCGUCGAGUCAUGGCCCAGUACGGGAUUCGAACAGAGUUCGAAGUCUGGUCCACGUUCGUUCUCAGCCACAACUCGAUGUGCAGGGACUUCAGGCUCCACGAAGAUUUGGGCAAGGUUGUCAGUGGUCUUCGGGUGGGUAUUCAGGCGCGAGGCUACAAAUUUCUGGGUGGCCAGCGAGAUUUCGGGCAUGUUGCGCCACUAGCGGUCGCAAUGUACCGCAUCACUCACCAACAAGUGCAGGGAGCGCUGGCGACCCUAAAAGGAGAGGAUUCGUAUGAUGACCAGGACGAGCUCGAAAAAUUACCAGAUGAAGUGGAAACCGAGAUCAGUCGACUCCCUCUUAUUAGUUUCCCAUGGAUUUUCGAUAGCGUACUGUGCAGAGUGGCUCAAAGCUCUGGCCACGAGUUACAAACCGCAGUGGCAGAAGCACAUGCCUCGGAUGCUCGUAAAACCCAGUCCAAGAUGUACACCCACGCUGAAGUCAUGAAUAUCGUUGGUCAGGAACAUGUAGCAGACGCUAUCACUGCUCUCGGGGCGGGCAUCUCUAGGCCAGCUUCAGCUUCUGGGACCCGGCCAGAACCCUCAGGUCAACAUCAAAUGAAUGAUCUUGGCGAGGCUGCGCUCUUCGAAAGCGAUAUUGUCGAGAAAUCCGAUACUGUAGCGUCGAGCACAGAACCAUUCCGAGAUUUCGCCAGUACGAACGAGACUGAGCACAGUGCGGGCAAUGGCCUUUUGGGAUCAAUCAAGCCUGAGAAUCAUGUUGUGGAAUCUUCUUCAAAAGACUCCGCUGGCCCCUACGAUGAAGAUGACGGGGACUUGGAUAUGAUUGAAGGCGAAGGCGACGUGAAACCCUCUGCCUAUGACCAUCUCAUGAAGUUUUUGGGUGACGAAUGUGAUGCUGGAGCGGGAGAUUGA